UUGUAGUUCCUUCAAUGUACAUUUCAAAGCAAUUCUCCACAAUAAAAACUACGGAAACCACAAUGCAACGGUAAGCGGUCAUCUUUUCCGGAUUCGGCCUUUCAGGGAGCGAGCGCCAACAUGUCAAGCCUGCAGUUUGGACAACACCUUAUCAAGGCCUCUGCCGUGUUCCUGCGGACAGAACUGUCCUUUGCUCUGGUCAACAGGAAGCCUGUGGUGCCUGGACGUAUCCUUGAACCCCUGCUAGGUGGGAGAACCUUUUCAGAUGUAUUGGUUUGCCCGCUCCGACGAGUGGAGCGUUUUCGGGAUCUUCGACCAGAUGAGGUGACCGAUUUAUUCUGUAGCACCCAGAGAGUCGCCGAGGUGGUGGAAAAGCACUACAAUGCUACAUCUCUCACCAUUGCCAUCCAGGAUGGCCCCGAAGCUGGACAAACUGUGAAGCAUGUCCAUGUCCAUGUGCUUCCCAGGAAGGCGGGUGACUUUGAACGCAAUGAUAGCAUCUAUGAUGAGCUCCAAAAGCAUGAUGACCAAGAUGAGAAUGUGCCCUCAAAGUGGAGAUCAGAGGAAGAGAUGGCAGCAGAAGCCGCAGUCUUGAGAAAUCAAAUUGGGAACUCUUAGAAGGUAGGACAGCAUGCAAUGCCACAGUCAACAGGGAUUGAUUGGGAAAGAAAAGAAAAUGAAGUUGAGUAUGCAAUAAUGCCUGGAGGAAUUGUGUUUAGUACUAGUAAAGUACUAGUGUGUCCAAAAGAAUAAAUACAAUGUUUUAAAAACUUAUGAUGAAACUCCAACCAAACUGACCACUUCUUGCCAUAGUAUUGUUAUUGAAUCGUCAUUGUCCCCACAGGGGGAAAUAAAUCUGGAUCAUGGUG